CAGGAAGUGCCCCUGUGUAUUACAAUAAGCGGACAGUAGCGAAGCAUCGCCUGACGUCUUCUCGACACAUCUCGGUCAUCGUGCGUCUUCGUCCACGUUCAAAUGUCUCCAGGAUAGUGCAAAGAAGACAUCUAAUCCUUUAUAUUCCCAUCUUUUAAUUUGGUGUCCAGCUUUUUGAUCUUCUUUUACGUGUGAUCCCGAUGGCCGACACCGUCCUCAGCAUCAGGACCAGCACAGGAGGGCCGGAGAGGCAGGAACGAGCUGGACUCGAACAACACACCUAGCAGGUCGAGUACGCAGUCCCCACGUCCAACCACGUUGCCUUCACUGACCUUUGGCCUUUCUCGAGCACACGAGCCAGAGUUCACAACCCCAAUUUGCAUCUCCUCAUCAAGCUAAUGUAUAAAAACGUCCACUGGCAGACGCCGCGACGACAUGCCACAGGGGCAAUGAGCGGUGUGAUGACGGGCUGACCACACCACAGAGACACGUAGACACGGUAGACGUGCGUCAUUAAGACUGUGUUGAUUGAACAAGGCGUGAAAUGAAGAUUGCCAAGUUGCCGAGGAGCAACACAAUUUGCCUCGGUGGACUGUGACCAGGAGGACAUCUUUUGUGGACGUGAACAAGACAAACACAAGAUGUCUCAGCUCCAUGCGGGCCUCAGCUCUGAGACCACAGAGAAGGCUCGCUUAGAACUGAACGAGAACCCGGACACGCUGCACCAAGACAUCCAGCAGGUGCGGGACAUGAUUGUGACUCGGCCUGACAUUGGCUUCCUGCGAACAGACGACGACUUCAUCCUGCGCUUUCUGAGAGCCAGGAAGUUCGACCAGGUGGAGACGUUCCGCCUGCUGGCGCAGUAUUUCCAGUUCCGACAGCAGAACCUCGACAUGUUCCAGAGUUUCAAGGUGGACGACCCAGGCAUCAAGCGAGCGUUGAUGGACGGCUUCCCAGGCGUGCUGGAGACUCCGGACCAACAUGGGCGAAAGAUUCUCAUCUUGUUUGCUUCCAACUGGGACCAGAGCAGGAACUCCUUCACGGACAUCUUGCGAGCCAUCCUUCUCUCCCUGGAGGUCCUGAUCGAGAAGCCGGAGCUUCAGAUCAACGGCUUCAUCCUCAUCAUUGACUGGAGCAAUUUCUCCUUUAAGCAAGCCUCCAAGCUUACACCCAACAUCCUCAAACUGGCCAUCGAGGGCUUGCAGGACAGCUUUCCCGCUCGCUUCGGAGGGAUCCAUUUUGUCAACCAGCCCUGGUACAUCCAUGCCAUGUACACCAUCAUCAAGCCCUUCCUCAAAGACAAGACCAGGAAGCGGAUCUUUCUCCACGGCAACAACCUCAACUCCCUCCACCAGCUCAUCCAGCCCGAGUGCUUGCCGUCCGAGUUUGGCGGGACGCUGCCGCCCUACGACAUGGGCAUCUGGGCCCGGACCCUGCUGGGACCGGACUACAUGGACGAGACCGAAUACACGCUGACAUACGACGCACUGCACGUCAGGGAGAUCUGUGGAGGAGGCGGGGACAAGGAGGCCAUGAAGAGGUCCCAGUCGGUGAUCAAUCCCGCAACUCUGCGACAGACGGACAGAGAGACCAGCACUCCACUUCUGGCCCUGGACUGAACACACACACACACACACACACACAAACCUGCUGUGUCAUCCCGUACACCUGAACUUUUAGACUUCCUGUCUCUGAGCCCGCUGCACGACAGCAGUUACACACUCUUGAUUGUUUGUUUGUGCGUCCACACACACACACACAGACAACGUGUUAGCUUCCAAGGAGGAAUGUAAACGCUACUUUAUGAUUAUCAUGACUUUUAAAUUGUGUCAGCAAGGAGGACCGGAAUGUUUUGUCACUAAAAAGGUCACUACAUUGCGAGGCGCCGCGGAGCGUGAAUCGUUGCAUCAACAAGAAUCAUUAUUAGACGGUAAUCAUGUUUCAAGGAAUCAGAAACAACAUGGCAAGUGGAAGACAGUUAUUGUUGUUGUUAGAAUUGUAGAAUAGCUGGUUUAGCAAACGUGCAGCAACAUCUAAACACAAAAAAUGAUCCAAAACCAAAACACCAUAAAAGAAAUACAACAAUCACCUAACACUUGGCUACCAUCCUGUAGGUUUUUAUGCCAGGUUGAAGAUAUAUGCUGCCACCUGCAGGACAGAAAAAAAGAUUGCAGUGUUAAUGUGAAGCGCCAUGCAAUCAAACAUACUUCUUGUCGAUGAAACUUGUCUACCCGAUUGUUGCUUCUUUACUGCCAAAAUAUGAAUGAGUACACCUUUUGAAGUAUCAAGCAGCUGUCAGAAUGGGAGAAAUGUCACUUUGGUAGAAUACUGUUACUUUUUUGUUGGAUCCAACACCAUCAACGCCACAGUGCUGCACCGCCACAUGCAUGACAAUUAGGAAAGUUCUACCAGAGUGCCACAUUUCAUGAAUAAGUAUUGUGCUGAAAAUGCCAAAAUGUCACAAAAGAGAAAGAUUGUUUUUAUUGAAUUUAAGCUAUUUAACAAAAAAGAUUGUAUAGUUCAUGUAUUAGCACACUGCAAGAAAAGGUGCAUUAAAAUGCUCUUUGUCCUCAUUUUUUUGCAGUGUGACUCCACAUCAGGGCUACACUCAUGUCUAAUGUAUUUACUGCAGAAUGUAAACAAGUAAACAUUUAC